CAAUAAGCGAUCACCUGUCUCUCCAUGCGCUUUCUGUUUCCGUUUCCUUCAGUUUCCUUCCUGCUUUCCUUGGCGUUUUCAAGAAAGCAGAACACCAGAACUAAGGGCGGGACGGCGGAAACUUUGAAAUUGAAAUUGACAAAAGCUUUGGAGAAGAAAUGAGAAAGGCUUCUUAGUUCUUGAAUCGUUUAUGAAAAAAGAACCUUGGGUAAAAGGAAAACAAGUCGCCCUGAUGUCGAGUAGCCUCGUGUCGAGCCACGAUUGAGCCGGCUCAUCAGGACGAUGGCUGAAGGUGGAGGCGGAGCGAUGUCAGGAAUGGGAGACGGGCCGCCGCUCUCGGUCAGGACGGAGGUGCGACCACAGCCGGCCAUCAAAACCGAUAUGAUGCGGCCCUCGCAGUACAAGCGCGAGAUGUGCAUGACCACGGCGGAGCGGCACCGCGCCUACUCGGACAAACGGGAGCUAGACCGGCUCUACGCCGGCCAUCGACCCUACAAGGCGUUCACCGUCAUACCGCACCGGGUCGUCUUCCAGAAGUUCAGCCGCUGCGACACUCAGGAGCAGCAGGUCAUCUUCCGCAACGACGACUGCAUCCCGCACCUGCUGCGGGUCAUGCCGUCCAUGUCGCCCUACAUCAGCGUCGCCCUGGUGUCGGCCCAGGGCGGCAAGCUGGCGCCGGGCAUGUUCGUCGCCUACCGGGUCACGUUUCGGCCCGAGGAGCAGUGCGACUACUACUACGAGCUGCAGUGCACCAGCGACCAGGUCACCUUCUCCGUGCCCAUCAUGGCGAUCGGGCCGCGGGCGAUCCUGGAUUUUCCCGACCGGAUCGUCUUUCAGAACCACCCCGUGCACGCCGAGACGUCCAAACUGCUCUCCGUCAAAAACGUCGGUCAAAAGGAGGCCAAGUUCUCCCUGAAUGUCACCAAGCCGUUCAGCGUGGAGCCACGGUGUGGCACGCUGCCGGCCGGCGACGUGGCCCAGAUCGCCAUCCACUUCCUACCCACGGACAUCGGACAGCACUGCGAGCACGCGCUGCUCACAUACGACAACGGCGAGAAGGUGGUGAUCGAGGUGCACGGCACCGGCGUGGAGGUGGACGUCGGACUCUCCAGCUACACCAUCCGCAUGGACACCACCUUCAUCGGACUCACUUCCAGAAAGACGUUUCGUCUGUACAACAAGAGCGCCACGCCGGCGACUUUCGUGUGGCGGCGCCGGGAGACGGCGCAACGGCCCCGGCUACACUCCAGCAGCGCGCCGGCCGGCGAGCGGACGGCGCCGGCCGACCCGUCGCUGGUGGCCAGUCUGUCGGCCGGCGCGUCCGUCCAGCUGCCGCCCGGCCGCCAGCCGGCGCAGCCCGGCCACCAGGAGGAGGCCUUCGAGCACCCCAUCUUCAGCAUCGAGCCGCUGCGGGGCGAGGUGUGGCCGGACUCGGCCGUCGACAUCACGGCCAUUUUCCAGCCGGACUCGGAGGGCGACACCGACUGCAUCGCCUACUGCCAGGUGACGGGCCGCGCGGUGCGCCUGCCGCUGCACGUCUCGGGCCGCGGCCGUGGCGCCGACGUGCAGCUCUCGCUGGACUCACUCGACAUCGGCGCCGUCUUCAAAAACUCCGUCUUCAACUACGAGGUGGUGGCCGUGAACCGCGGCGACAUCCCGGCCACGCUGCAGCCGCUGCCGGCCCGCUCGGCCUGGGCGCGCCACAUCACCUUCCGUCCGCAGAGCCUGCAGCUGCACCCCAAGGACCACGGCACGCUGGUGCUGACGCUGGACGCCCAGAUCCUGGGGCAGCUGGACGAGCGGUUCAGCGUGCAGGUGUCGGGCGCCGGCCGGCCGCUCUCACUGCACCUCAGGGGCCGCGUCAUCCCGCCGACGCUCGAGUUCGACUGCGCGCUGCUCGACUUUGGCGCGGUGCCGUUCGGGUUCCGCAAGGUGCUGCGGUGCCGGCUGAAGAACACCUCGCUGGUGCCGGUCGAGUUCAGUCUGAGCGUGCCCGACGACGGCACUGAGCCGGCCAUCCGUCAGGAGAAGCUGGCCGCCCACCUCUACCAGGUGGUGAAGAAGGGACUGAGCAGCACGCCGCGCGAGUUCACCCUGAAGCCCAACAAAGGAGUGCUACAGCCACAGAGCAGCAUCAGUAUCAAGGUGGAGCUGGUGCCCAACACGGCCCGCCGGAUCGCCACCCGGCUCCGGGUGGACAUUGACGGCGUCAGGGAGGCGCUCUACUCUGUGCCGCUGUGCGCCGACUGUGUGGCCGCCGACGUGCAGCUGCGCGCGCCAGACGUGGUGCUCGGCAGACACUUCAAGGGCCGCUCGGCGGACGGCGCGGUGACGCUGGUGAACCGCUCGCCGAUCGCGGCCCGCUACUUCCUGCUGCCGCAGGAGACAAUGGAGUUUCCGGGCGUGACGUACCGGUGCGCCGAGCCGACGGGCGUCAUUGAGCCGCGCUCCACGGCCACCGUGCCGUUCACCGUCAAACUGGAGGCGCUCGGCAACCUGGCAGUGCCCAUCAGGCUGGUAGUGUUUGGCCGCCCGGAGCCGCUGCAGGUGCUGGCCCGCGUGGUCAGCCAGGGCCCCGUCAUCGACCUGCAGCCGCCCAGCCUCGACUGGGGACUGGUGCCGGUGCUGACGCCGCACCACAAGGCGGUCACCAUCAGUAACCAGGCGCCCGUGCCGGCCGACGUCACCGCCGUCAUGCGGUCGGGCAGCUACUGGUCGAUCGAGCCGGCCCAGGCCACGGUCGGGCCCGAGCAGACGCUCUCGCUGCGCCUGACGGCAGUGCUCGACGACCCGCUGCGCUUCUACGACGUGCUCGUCAUCAGCGUCCAGGACAGCGGCACGUGGGAGAUCCCCGUGGCGGCCCAGGGGCGCGGCUCCAGUAUCCUCUUCGAGCCUCCGCUCAAAGCCGUCGUCGACCUGGGACCCGUCUUCUGCAAGUCUCCGAUGACGAAGGUGUUCAGCGCGACCAACAAGGGCCGGCGCUACCACCAACUGGUGUGGAGUAACGACGGCGUGGUGGAGCAGUCGGCCACAUCACUGGCCACCCUGGCCGCGCGCGCAUCCACCGUCAAGCUGGGUAAGCGGAUGCCGGGUCAGGUGCCCGUGUUCCGCGUCUCCCCCCGGCGCGUGGACAUGUACCCGGGAGAGACGCAGACCUUCACACUGGAGGCCUACUGCGAGAGUGUGGGCUGGCGCCGCGAGGAGGUGAGCUGCACGGCCAUGAUCGGCUCCUCCUCCGGCAAGACGGUGCUGAAGCGGCUCGUGGUGGCCGCUGAGUUCAUCCGGCCCGUCAUCGAGUUCUCGCGCCGAGAGAUCAAGUUCGAGCGGAAACGGAUCCCGGGCGUGGAGUUCUCCGAACAGAUGGCAGAGAGUCUGACGCUGACCAACAACUCGCCGCUGGCGCUGACCACACACAUCCGCACCCAGUACCCGUUCCUGCUGCGAAACCUGCACGGCGGUCUGUCGGCAGAGAUCGACUACGAACUCGGCGUGCACCUGUCCGUCACGCUGGAGGUGCUGUUUGAUCCCGACUACGAGACCGGCCUGACGAGCCGCUACGUGCGAGACAAGCUGGUCAUCACCUACGAGGAGCACCCACACUGCGACGAGGUGGUCCUUAUCGGAACGGUCAGCUUCCCCAAUCUGGUGGUCAGCGACAAGACGGUCGACUUCGGCUGCAUCCUCAACGACAUGGAGAGCUUCCGCAAGAUCAAGAUCACCAACUGCUCCAAGGUGCCGGUGCAGUACCACUGGUACUUUGUCAACAACGAGACAGAGCUGGACUGGCUGCCGGAGAAGGCCACGGUCGACUCGGCGGCCUCUGAGGCGGAGCGUGCCGAGCCGGCCGCCACGCCGCCGGCCACCGACUGCGUGCUGCACGAGACCCGCGUCGACCGGCUGAUCACACAGAACGUGGACUCCAUCCCGGUGGAGUGCGCCGUCGCCACCAAGGAGGAGCGUCUGCAGUCGCUGCGUCAGCGGCGCCAGUCGCGCUACGUCACGCCGCCGCCGCCCAUCGACCGCACCACGGCCGCAGAGAAACUCGAGGCCCAGUGGAAAAAGGAGGCCGCAGUUAAUGAGAUCCUGGACAUCUACCCGCUGCGGGGCAAGCUGCAGCCGGGCGACAACACGUCGGUGGUGUUCAAGUUUUACGGGCACGGCUCGGUGCGGUUCUCGGCGCGCGCCGUGUGCGCGGUGUUGGGCGGCCCGCAGUACCCGGUCACCGUCACCGGCCAGGCGUCCAGCAUCCACUACCGGCUGGAGCAGCACCUGGUCGACUGCGGCGGACACCUGUACUGCCAGUUUCUGGAGACGGGCACCACGCUGUUCAACACGGGCCGGGUGGAGUUCCCGUGGCGCCUGCGCUACCAGCCCGAGCAGGGCCGGCUCCAGGUGUCGCCCACCGAGGGCACGCUGCCGGCCGGCGCCGCCCAGCGCAUCGCCAUCCACUUCCUGCCCAUGAUCCCCGAGUACUUCGAGCGGCAGAUCGAACUGGAGGUGGCGCACUUUCCGCCGGAGGUGAUCACGGUGCUGGGCCACGGCGCGUACCCGGCCGUGAUGCUGGACCUGCCGCUGCAGUACGAGGACAUCUGCGAGCUGACCUUCCUCGAGGCCGUGCAGAACAUCGCCGCCGUCAUGGAGCAGGAGCGCACCGAGCCCAGUGAACAGUCGUCCAGCUCGUCGGAGCGGAUGCUGUGCGUCAAGAACGCGGCCGGCUCGGCGGCACCGGAGCACGCCGACGCUCCGACCACGGUUCUGUUCGACCAGCAGCAGUCGCAGCAGCCGGGCCAGGGCCCGCCGCCGGCCGGCGGACAGCAGCCGGCGGCCGACAGGCCGGCGGUGGCGGCCGACCCGUCUGAUCAGCCGGCGCCGCCCCAGCCGGGCUCUGUCGCUGCCCUGGAUCCGGCCGCCGGUGCAGCCGGGGAGACGGCGCCGCCCGACGCGGCGGCCGCGCCGCCCGAGCUGCCCGCAGCAGACCUGUCGACGGCGGGCAGUCCGCGCUCGGCGAUCGCCGGUGAGCCGCUGUCCCCGUUCCCGGCCCCCGCCGACCCGGCGCCGGCCACCGACCCGGCCGAGGAGGCCGCUCUGCCCGAACUGGACCCCGAGGAGCAGGAGGAGGAGGAGCAGGGAGCCGGCGGCGAGGAGCAGGAGGCCGAUCAGGAGACCGAGUCGCCCGUCAGCUCCUCCUGGAGCGUCAUCACACACGAGGACCCGGCGAUGGUGGACGCGGCGCUCAUCGACCUGGAGGUGGAGCGGCUGAUGACGGUCAACUUCAUCCGGAACCACCCGACCACGGCCUCCUUUCUGCGCGGCGGCACCUCGCGCCGCAACGCCGUCUGUAUGGACCUGCUCAAGUACCACCUCGAUUUCGGUCUGGUGCUGUUGGGCAGCGACCUGCACCGGGCCAUCACCGUGACCAACAUCUCCCAGCUGCCCGUCUCGCUGAGCCUCAUCACCGCCGUGCCGGCCGCACUGGCCGACGACGAGCUGCGCGUCAGUCUGGAGGACGAGGUGGGCGCGCUGCAGCCGGGCGACUCCACCUUCAUCCACCUGCGGCUGCGGCCCAGCUCGCUGGAGGGACCCGUCGAGACCAUGCAGCGGAUGAUCUACCUCGAGGUGAAGUUCGGCCUGUUCAUCCCGAUCCUGCUGAAGGCCACGGUGACGGCGCCGAUCGCCGAGCUGGACGAGGGCGAGCUCGGCUUCGGCACCGUCUACGUCGGACAGUGCAAGGUCUGCCAGCUCAAGGUCCACAACAACGGCAUCCUGCCGGCGGCGUGGAGCCUGGUGGCGCGGCCGCCCGACCGGCCUGCGGCGCUUCCGUUCAGCUCUGGCGAGCGGCCGCGCCGCCGGCCGGCCGCCGUCGCCCAGCCGCCCGUGUUCGCGUUCGAGCCGAGCGGCGGCCUGCUGCAGCCCGACCAGUGGGCCGUCAUCAACGUCAUCUUCGCGCCCGCCAAGAGCAAGGUGUACGUCAUGGAGGCGGCGCUGUCCGUCCAGGGCUCCUCGCAGACCUGGCUCAAACGCAUGACCGGAGAGGGACUCGACAGCUCGCUGGACUUUUCCACCACGGAGCUGGCGUUCGAGCCCAUAGUUCCGUACAACGAGGGAGGCCGCAUGGAGGUGACCAUCUUCAACAAACACCCCAUCCCGCUCGAGAUAUUCUCCAUCGAGUUCGACAGGCAGUACCUGGAGGAGGAGCACGUGCUGCGCACGCUCACCACAUACGACGAGUUCGAUCAGCUGAUCGUGCCGCCGCGCCGUCCCGGCGAGCCGCUGUGGCCUGAGGUGCGCGCCUUCUACACGGAGCUGGUGCACCGGGCGGCGCAGCCGGGCCGGCCGGCCGACGAGUCCGCCGCCGCCUCCUCGCACGUGAGUCUGGACGUGGCGCUGCCGGGCGCGGGCCGGUCCCGCUCCCAGCUGGCACUCCGAACCCCGGACCUGCACUCGCCGGCCCUGCAGCCCGGUCAGGCACCGGGCCUGCCCGCCAUCGCCGUGUCUCCGUCUCCGUCGCGGCAGCUGGCGGGGCCGGGGCCGGAGCCGCCGGUGGGCUGCGGCAGCGGCUCGGACGCGGCGCUGCACAGCUGGCCCGGCUGGGCGGGCGUGCUCGACCAGCCGGCCAUGUGGACGCUGCCGGCCCAGGAGCAGUUCAUCAGAGACUACCACGAGCUGUGUGUGUCGGGCGCCGGCGCGGCCGUGGCCGACCCGAUAGCACAGGCGAUCGUCAGCUACAUCAACAGCGACCAGCCGGCCGACCACUACCUGAACCUCUCCCGCAGGGCGCCGGCCUUCGUCAUCAUCAGCGCGCCCUACACCGAGCCGUAUCUGCUGGCCGUACUGGUGGCGGAGCGGUACGGCCUCUCGGUGGUCACCGUCGACCAGCUGGUCUGGGAGUGUCUGCUGACACCCUCCUCGGCGGCUGCCCACCGCGCGCGCGACUUCCUCUUCGACUCUGGCAAACAGGGCGGGCGGGGUGCGCCGCCGGCCGCCAAACAGCCCGCCAACAGUAAGCGCGGCCAGACGACGGCAGCCGGCCAGACGCGCGCCGGCCGAAAGCGCUCCGAGUCGGACUCCUCGGUGCCGGCGCCCGGCCUGCGGGACGUGCUCAAACCGCGCCCGCUGCCGCCCGCCAUGCUCGGCGAGCUCAUCGCGCUCCGGCUGACGGAGCCGGACGUGAGUAGCGGCGUGGUGUUCUGGGACGUGCACAACUGCCAGUUCAGCGCCAACGUCACCCACACCGUCAUGGCGCUGCUGCUCGGCCUCGGCAAGCGCAAACACGCCUACUUCAUCACCAUGAACCGGUCGGCCGCACAGCAGAUCGAGCUGCUCCGAAAACAAAGGCCACCGAAG